UCCCCUUCUGUUUGCCUGAAGUGGUGGGACCAGAUGCCAUGAUCUUAGUUUUUUGAAUGUUGAGUUUUAAGCCAGCUUUUACUUAGAAUGAUUUUACUUGGGCAUAAUUUAUAAUAGAAUUAUGCUUUUAAAAAUAAGCUACACAAAUGGGAGUUCUACUUGGCCCCCCAUACACAGAGAAGUAGCUGUGUAUUUCUCCCUCUGCCCCCAUCAUGAUCUGUUAGCUGUGUGUCCUUUUCCUUGUUAUAAGGUGCUGGAAUGUCACUAACUAUAUUCCCAUGUGUUGUCCAAGAGGCUGGCAAAAUCCCUCCAUGUAUGGCCCAGUGUCCCACUGUGUCCUUUACUAAUUAUACAGCUUAGCUGACUUCACUUGUGCGCAGCUAUUCUUUUGCAUUUUUCUAUUUUAUCUUGUCUCUGCCUUUUUUUUUUUUUUUGUCUCUGCUUUUAUGUUGCAUUCAGCUUUUCUCUUCUGCACACAACAGUGUCCCCUCUGUGCAUCCUCUUUUCUUCAGCAUCAGCUCUCAACCAUUGGGAGAGACUAUUUACCUUUGCGAAAUGAUUUUAUUUUGCCACCAGAUAAACCAGCCCCCUCCCCAUGUGCUUCUUUUCUAACACACUCUGGAUUUGGAAACAGAAGACAGUAAGUAGUUUUUCUUCAUUCCAGGACAUCCUGGGCCAUAGCUACACAGCAGGGAUCAAAGCAGGCACACAUCAAAAGCACCCCAACUGAGAGGAGCAGCCCUGAAGCUUCUGCGCCUCCGGCUCUUGUUAUCUUCACUGCCUCUAUGCACUGAAUCAUUUUGCUGAUGGUGAAUUAGCCUUGAGAAGGAUGAGGUGAUGUUCAUCUCUUCAUUUCUAGGCAUUGUUCUAGAUCCUGGAGACAGAAAGAUACUGCUGCCAUGGACAUGGGCCACAAUUCUCUGUUGCCUCAUUUUUUUUUUCUGUAUUACAUAAAAGAUCACAGAAUUGCCUUUGUCAUAUUUUGAAGAUUGAGGUCUCUGGAAGAUGGCCAAAAAACAAUUAAGCGAGCAGCCAGCCCAAAUUAAUGCUCAAGUACCAGGAGUAUCUGAGUGCUGAAAGCCACUUCUGUUUUCCCUCUCUCAGCUGAGGGGGUGGGAACAGAUUCCCAAAGCCAUCGCUCCUUUCAGGGGGAUUUAGAAGGCAUAUAAAGGCCUAUGGCUGAGGACUUGCUUCCUCACUCCACAGUUGGUGCCAGAACCCUCAAUCCUCUACUGAGAGAAAAUGUCCAUCCAAGUUGAACAUCCAGCUGGUGGUUACAAGAAACUGUUUGAAACUGUGGAGGAGCUAUCCUCGCCGCUCACAGCCCAUGUUACAGGCAGGAUCCCCCUCUGGCUGACCGGCAGUCUUCUUCGAUGUGGGCCAGGACUCUUUGAAGUUGGAUCUGAACCAUUUUAUCACCUGUUUGAUGGGCAAGCCCUCCUGCACAAGUUUGACUUUAAAGAAGGACAUGUCACAUACCACAGAAGGUUCAUCCGCACUGAUGCUUACGUACGGGCAAUGACUGAGAAAAGGAUCGUCAUAACAGAAUUUGGCACCUGUGCUUUCCCAGAUCCCUGCAAGAAUAUAUUUUCCAGGUUUUUUUCUUACUUUCGAGGAGUGGAGGUUACUGACAAUGCCCUUGUUAAUAUAUACCCAGUGGGGGAAGAUUACUAUGCCUGCACAGAGACCAACUUCAUUACAAAGAUUAAUCCUGAGACCUUGGAAACAAUUAAGCAGGUUGACCUUUGCAACUAUGUCUCAGUCAAUGGAGCCACUGCUCACCCCCACAUUGAAAAUGACGGGACUGUUUACAACAUUGGUAAUUGCUUUGGGAAAAAUUUUUCAAUUGCCUACAAUAUUGUAAAGAUCCCACCACUACAAGCAGACAAGGAAGAUCCAAUAAGCAAGUCAGAGAUCGUUGUACAAUUCCCCUGCAGUGACCGAUUCAAGCCAUCUUACGUCCAUAGUUUUGGUUUGACUCCCAACUAUAUUGUUUUUGUGGAGACACCAGUAAAAAUUAAUCUGUUCAAGUUUCUUUCUUCAUGGAGUCUCUGGGGAGCCAACUACAUGGAUUGUUUUGAGUCCAAUGAAACCAUGGGGGUUUGGCUUCAUAUUGCUGACAAAAAAAGAAAAAAGUACAUCAAUAACAAAUACAGGACCUCUCCUUUUAACCUCUUUCAUCACAUCAAUACCUAUGAAGACCAUGAGUUUCUGAUUGUGGAUCUCUGUUGCUGGAAAGGAUUUGAAUUUGUUUAUAAUUAUCUAUAUUUAGCCAAUUUACGUGAGAACUGGGAAGAGGUGAAAAAAAAUGCCAGAAAGGCUCCUCAGCCUGAAGUUAGGAGAUAUGUACUUCCUUUGAAUAUUGACAAGGCUGACACAGGCAAGAAUUUAGUCACACUCCCCAACACAACUGCCACUGCAAUUCUGUGCAGUGACGAGACCAUCUGGCUGGAACCUGAGGUUCUCUUUUCAGGGCCUCGCCAAGCAUUUGAGUUUCCUCAAAUCAAUUACCAGAAGUAUGGUGGGAAACCUUACACAUAUGCGUAUGGACUUGGCUUGAAUCACUUUGUUCCAGACAGGCUCUGUAAGCUGAACGUCAAAACUAAAGAAACCUGGGUAUGGCAAGAGCCUGAUUCAUACCCCUCAGAACCUAUCUUUGUUUCUCACCCAGAUGCCUUGGAGGAAGAUGACGGUGUAGUUCUGAGUGUGGUGGUGAGCCCUGGGGCAGGACAAAAGCCUGCUUAUCUUCUGAUUCUGAAUGCCAAGGACUUGAGUGAAGUUGCCAGGGCUGAAGUGGAGAUUAACAUUCCUGUCACUUUUCAUGGACUGUUCAAAAAAUCCUGAGCACAUUCUAGCAUGACAUGUUUCUGGUGACAAAACACAGAAAAACACAGUCAGGUCUGCAAUCAAAUUCUGUUUAGCUUUAGCCUACUGUCUGUAAGGGUUUUUAACUUGCAGAUGCACACAGUUUUGCAGUAUUUUACAGAAAGCACAGAGUUGAGUAAGGAAUUCCUUUUUAAAAAGUGCUUAUUUAGAUAAUCGUACUUUGUGAGACAGGUACAUCAUAACUAAAAACUCUUUAUAUAUUUACAAUCAAAUAGAAAAUGAAUGUGGAUUUAUUAAACUGUUUUUCAUUCCUAUUAUAAAAGUGUAUUUUAGGCAACUAUCUGCUCCUAUUACUUUUUAACAUUUAAAAGCCAAAGUCUUCUACAGCUGAUGUGUAUGUGGCUUUGCUGUGUCAAGGCAGCAUCUUGGAAAAAGACUUAGUUACUAAAUGUCAAAUCAAACUUCUUCUCAAACCAGGGUCUUUGAUCUAAGACAAUCAUUGUAAUUGUAUGCACAUAUGUAUUAUUGUUCAAGGAUUCUCAUGGUUUAAACUUUAAUAUAUCCAUUUAGUAUAGGCAGUUAUUACUUUUUCUGAUUUCACAGUAAGGCAGCCUGUCUCUAAUUUACUGAGGGCUCUCAACCAAAUAACUUCUCAGAGAUUAUGUUAUCUAUUAGAAACUUACAUAACAUCAAAGCAAUUACAUAUAGUAGUGGCUGUAAUUUUUUUGAAAAAAUAGCAUAAAAUACUUACAAAUAUAAUUGCUGUUUAAAAUCAGAUUAUGGGGAUAAUAAUGUGGGGGGGUUAUACUUUGUUGCCUUUUCUGCUUAAUUACGUUUAAGCACAGUGCACCUGACUGAAGAGAAAGUGAAAAAAGAGAAAAUACUGUCAUUAACACUCAGAUAUGAAUAUAUUUAAGCACUUUUGUUUUUAAAAUUAUUCUUUUCUGAGAUAUAUGUUGCAAAAAAAAUGAAUAUUGAAAAAAAAUUUUAUUCUAUAUCUUAAUCCUGUUUGACUAAGUAAAAACAGCUUGAAGGAACAGACUGACUAGGGUACUUGAUGCAUCCAUUUGAUUUCUUUAUUUAGAUAAAAUGCAAACUCAUUUUUUAAGAUUAUAAGUACUCAUUAAAAUAUACUUUUCAAAGAAAAUCUAAAAUUGCAAAAAAGCAGAAAUUACAAAGUAAAAUCAUGCAGAGCUCAUCUAAGCAUAACUACUGGCCUUUCCCAUCAUUUCCCAUGUGUGGCUUUUUAAUGUAAUCAUUAUUUCUUUGGGAGUAAUUCCUAUCUCAAAAAUAUCUCAAAAAAAUAAAAAGAAAAAUGCCAUAAAAUAACAUGGAAUAUGUGACUGUAGAUAAACAUCAAUCUGCUGGAUUUUGUCUCUAGAUAUGGCACAUGAACUUAAUUCCACAAAGAAAGCUAUUCAUACAUUUAUUUUUUAAAUGCAGAAAAUAAAUUGCUGAAUAAUUACCAAGUUUUGUGCUUAUUUAAGUCUCUAAAUGUAAGAGAAUUCCUAAUACUGUCACUUCCCACACUUGCCAGUCAGCCCCUGCCUUCUUCCCAUUCCU